GCAGGGCCUCACAGACCUGCCCCGCAACCUCACCUUCUCCGCCGACCUUGCGGGUUCUGCCUUCUCCGCGGUGGGGCCGAAGGAGCGCAAAGGCCUCCUCAGGUGAGGUCCAAAAAACCCCACCCGCACCUCAGAGACGAAGGGCUGAACUCCAAAGUGCAGACAGAACCUUUCUAUUCCGCGGUCUCCAUGGUAACGCGCGGCUCGCCCUUCUAGGACCCCCGGAGGACUCUUCUCUUUGGUCCAGCACUACAAACCCUGAGAAGCUGGACGGUUCCGGUCCCUGCUUGCUAGUUUGGACCUGUUGCCACAUGGAGAACAGAUGAGCUUGAAUAUGAAAUUGAUCUUCUUCAGCGUGUGAAGAGGGAAAACAACGACAGAAAAUGGAAGCACGAGUUAAUCAGAAUUACGUGAACGUGGUGGUAUCAGAUGAGACUCCAGGACCAUCAAACCAGCUCUGUAUCCGUGAUACCAAGCUCCUGCAGGAAAGAGCUCUGCCAUCUCCUCAUUGUCCUGCCUUUGCCGAAGAUGGAAGCCAAGGAAGCCUGCCAGGAGCAAAAAUCAUACUGAUGAGCCAGUCUCAAGAGGCAGUGACAUUUGAGGAUGUAGCUGUGAAUUUCAGUAAUGAGGAGUGGCAGUGUCUGACCCAUGCUCAAAGGCACCUCUAUAAAGAUGUGAUGUUGGAAAAUUAUGGAAACGUGGUAUCACUUGGAUUUCCAUUUCCUAAACCUCCUUUGAUCUCCCAUCUGGAUCAAGAGGCAGAGCUCUGUGUUCAGGAUGGACAGGACAGGGAGUUCCUGAGCUGCCCCCACCCAGUAUCAGCAGCCAAGACACGGCCUGAGAAUGAGAAGGCAAGUUCAGAACAGGCAGUUUUUGAAAAUGGAGAAGUCUGCUGGGUGAAAUUUAAAAGUCUCCUAAAAGUUGUUUCCCAGGAUCCAGAGGUUGGAGAAGUUUGUGUACAAGAUGUCAAAUUAGAGAAUCAAUGGGAAAUACCUAUGAGGGAGAAACUGAGAGAAGAGAAAGAACGCUGUGAGAAAGUGACCUUCAAGAAAGGAAAGAACCAGAAGGUACUUAGAAAAAACUCAAAAUGUAUUCCAUAUAGGGUUCUUACAGAAAAGAAACUCCAUGAAUGUGCCAGGUGUGACAAAAACUUCAUCUGGCAUUCUGACCUAAUUCUCCAUGAGCGAAUUCACUCUUGCCAGAAACCCUAUGUGUGUAAUGAGUGUGGGAAAGCAUUCAGGACGAAAAAUCAGCUUUCUAUGCACCAGAUAAUCCACACAGGGGAGAAACCCUUUAACUGUAGCCAGUGUGGGAAGGCCUUCAACAGUAGAUCAGCUCUUUGCCGACAUAAAAAAACGCACAGUGGGGAGAAGCCUCACCAGUGCAGCGACUGUGGGAAGGCCUUCAAGACCAGGAACCGUCUCAGGAUGCAUCAGAUCAUCCACACUGGGGAGAAGCCUUAUGAGUGCAGUGGCUGUGGGAAGGCCUUUCAGUUUAAGCAUUCCCUUAUCAUCCAUGGCAGAAGCCACACUGGGGAGAAACCCUAUGAGUGUGAGGAGUGCGGGAAGGCCUUCAGCGGGAGUUCAGACCUCAUCAAACACACAAGAAUCCACACUGGGGAGCGACCUUAUGAGUGCAGUGAGUGUGGGAGGGCCUUCAGCCGAAGCUCAGACCUAAGCAAACACACAAGAAUCCACACUCAGGAGAAACACUGUGGGUGCCCUCAGUGUGGAAAAGCCUUCAGCAGCAAGGCAGAGCUCACCAAACAUAGAAGAAUCCACACUGAAGAGAAGCCUUACAAGUGUAAGGAGUGUGGGAAAGCCUUUCGUCAUAACUGUAAACGCAGGGCUCAUGAACGAGAACACACUGGGGAGAAGCCCUAUCGAUGUGGGGAUUGUGGGAAAACUUUUCAGGAUCGGCACUGCCUUACCAUCCAUCAAAGAAUCCACACUGGAGAGAAACCGUAUAAAUGUUCAGAGUGUGGUAGAGCUUUCAGUGGGAAAUCAAACUUGACCAAUCAUCAAAGAAUCCACACUGGAGAGAAGCCUUACAGAUGUGAGGUGUGUGGAAAGGCCUUUCAUCAUAGUUCAGUCCUGAGGCAGCACAGAAGAAUCCACACUGGUGAGAAGCCAUAUACCUGCAGUGAGUGUGGCACGUCUUUCCGUCAGAGCUCAGCUCUGAUUGGACACAAGCGAGUUCAUACUGGGGAGAAACCUUAUGAAUGUGAGGAGUGUGGAAAAGCUUUCAGAGUGAGCUCAAAUCUUACUGGACAUAAGAAAAGAAAACAUAGAGUGUGGGGAACCCACAAACUUGAUGAGAAUGGGAAAUCCCUCUCUCCGGUAACCUGUUCUCAGACUUUUUCAUUCAUCAAUAUUUUGACAACCAACACUUGAGGGUAGUGAUUCUGGUGUUUACACUUUCUCAUUUCUCCUUCUACUUCUUACACUGGUCCCUCUUGUCUCCUGUAUUGGUUCUUCCUGGUUCCCUGACCCCCUAAUUGUGAGACCCCACCAAGCCUUUGUCCUUGACCUUCCUAUUCAGUGUCUCUUCAGUGAGCACAUUCACUUCCAAGGCUUUGUCUGUCAAUAAUAGUACUGUAAUAUUAAAUACUAGUGCUUGACACAUGCCAGGCAUUAUUCUUUACAAUUUUUAAUCAUUUAAUCCAUACAACAUCCCUAUGGGAUGAGGAAAUUGAGGCAUAAAAAGAUGAAGAAACCUGCUGUGGAUCACUUAACUAGUAAAUUCUGAACAAAUGCCCACUGAAUGCUUAGACUUACCUGAGCAAUUUCCAUUAUCCUGCACCACAUCUCUCGGAUAUGAAGCUAUACCUCAGUUCAGCACAGAACAUUUUUUUAAUUGAUAAACAUUGAUCAUCUUUAGCAAGUUUUGCUCUAACUUAAAGCCUGAAUGGUACUUCUCCUUAACGGAUCAGAAUUGCUGAGAUUCAGUGGGGGAACGGAGGCAGGGCAAGGGCAGAUUUUAAAAUUACAGAUAAGCAGAAGUCAGGUAUACACUGCCGAAGCAGCAGUGUACAUAUGGAAAAAGCAUGAAGCCUGACCCACUUUGUUAUAAAUACACUAAAAGGUCUUCAAGAUGUUGAUUUCUUAAAUAUUUGCUGUAUCUGUUUGCAUGAUAUAUGAAAUGCUCUUUCAAAUAGAUUAGUAAAUUUAUAUCUAUCUUUUCAAGUCUUUCAGUGUCUAACAUCUAUCCUUUCUCUUGCAAAUGUUACAGGUCCUUACUUCAGACAGAAUUAAAUUAAAUACCCACAUGCAAUAAGGCUGUUAAAAUAGAAAUUGAAAAUCCUAGAAGAGGAUGCAAAUGUGUGUCAACUUAAUUAACAUAAUGACCAUAAUUGCGAAUUAAAUUUAGUUCAAAGUUCCCUGACUGGUAAAGAGAUGAGCAAUGGGUUCCCCAGCAUUUGUCAAAAGUGUUUUACAAGCUAAUGUUUUUAAAAAAUAAUAAGUUUGAGAAAUGCUGGCUAGGUGGGGGUAUUUAUUCCCUUAAAGACUUCUCAGGGUUUAUACUAUGCUAAUGUCCUGUCUGAGUCUUAAACAAAGGAACUGUAAGAAGCAUUGCUUUCCCAAAGUGAUGGACGAAAGAAUUCUGUUUGGAGGAGCACCUUCAUGGACUCUUGUUUCACAGAAAACAUCUUGGGAAAUGGUUACACAUUAUCUAAUAUGGGCAAGGAGUCCAAGAUACACAAUUUUCUAGUAACAAAUUCCAAAGGGAAUUACAUGACUUAUUAUACAAAAGACAGAUUAAACAUUGUUUCUUAUGUUCAGUUUCUACAGGAAAUUAGAGCACGUCCUUUAUAUGGCCAUUUCUUAUAUAUUUUUUUGAAGAAAACCAAGAUGAAAACAUUUAGGAUAUAACUCUAAAAUUGUCUCUGUGGAGGAUGACACUCUGUAUAUGUGGCUUUUGGAUGAUAUAACGUGACUUAAGGGCAGAGUUUAGGAUAUGUCUGGAGAAUUGGCAGUGCUUUUCCAAUCUUUUUUGACUGCAAGGACCCCUUAUUUGAUGAUCAAUAAAUUUUACCGACACUCUCUCCCCCAUGCAUACACACACUACAGGUAGUUUUACUUUAAUGCUCGAUGGCAAAAUGUUGUCAUGUUCUCCUAGAAAAUCUGAGGUUUUGUUAAUUACAACAGCAUGUAUAUGCUUUUGGAAAAUGUAUACACAUGUUCAGGAUGUUUUUUUACCCACAGGCCAUGAGGUUCAUUUGGAUUUUGGACUCAAAGUCCUUAGCCCAUCAUGAGAACCCUCCAGUGCAUCCUUUCAAGUCACUUCUUCAGUCAGUCUUUUAACAGAAUCUGGCAAGAUUUCAAUUCCAGUUUAAAUUCUGGACAGUCCUGGAGUGUUGAUGUUUUGUGUUAUUGAUCAGGGAGUCAUGUUCUUCAGACACCAGUUAACUGGAAGGGGUGGCAAGCCUGACAUUCCUCUGUGAAAGUUGAGAAGCCUCUGUACUGAGCCCAAAUAGAAGACUUUUAGACUUCAUCCUCACCAGUCCAUCUUCAACAUGACCAUUGUCUCCCUAAAAUAUUCCUAUGAUCUUGACACCUGCUUUUUUAAAAAAUUUUAUUUAUUUUUAUUGAAGUAUAGCUGAUUUACAAUAUUUUGGUUGUUUUAGGUGUACAGCUGCUUUUAAAACUCCCAACUGACUCUCAGUCCUGCAGUAAGAAAUCCCAAAUUACUAUCUUGAACUCCAGGAAUCUUUUGAUACUUCCUGGACACUUAAAAUGAACAUCAUGAAAAAAAACAUUGAAGGAGUUUCAGAUAUUUUACCUGUGGAAAAAAUCAUUUAGAAGGGAUCCUAAGGUGGAAUAGACUCUGCUAUACAGUUGUAAGUUUGGUAGACAGGCAUAAUGUAGAAGGAAUUCAAAGAUCAGAUGCAUAGUUGAAUAAUCAAACAUGUUAGUGUUUCUUGAAACCCUAAGAUUCUUGUAGUUAUAAUUGUGAAGUUACUAAAACAAGAGUUGUUGAUUUAGUUAUUUCUUAGAAAAAUCACCAGAUAAAACUCACUUUUUUAAGCCUAAUUAAUUCUAAAUGGAAAGACAGAAAAAUUUCACCAUGAACAUUGAUACCAUGAGAUUGUUUUCACUUUACCUGUACAGAAGAAGUAAAGAAUGCCCAUUUCACUCAGUUUUUAAAAGGGUGAUAAAAUACAGAUUUCAGAAUUAGAACCACAAAUGUACAGAAGUGUCUUUCUUAGCUCCUACCUAUGGACUGUAGUUCUAUGCCCUGGGAUAAUUGCAGAGUAAGAUUAACCCAUUGCUCACAAGGUAGUCCUUCAAAAAUUUCAAGACAAAAGCUUCUCUUUCCACUAGGUAAAAUAUCUGAAAUUUCUUCAUUGCCUUUUCACAAUGUUCAUUCUAAAUG